GCUCUCCCUGGAGCCUUCUCCACGAGAACACCCCAAGGUCUCCCCGUGGCUCCAGCCCUCGGAGCAGCUCCAGAUCCUCCUGGUGCUGAGCAGGGGCUGGACACAGCUCUGCAGGUGGAACCUCCAGAGGUUGGGUCACCUCUAGGAGUCCAGGUGACCAACCUGGAAAUGCAGAUACUGAGCUGAUACCUCUUUCCUCAUGGGAUGAAUCCUACAUCCAAGUAUCCCUUCUAAAACAGCUCUUCCUGCUCUUUCAUCAUCAUUACACCUCUCCUGUACUGUGCUUUGCUGUCCCAGUCAGUGUUUCAUUGCCAGGGAACUGCCUGCACUUCACAGAGAUACAGCAGAUGUCACCCAUUCAUGGUGGAGCUGCAGGUUCCUGUCCUAUCUCACAGAGCUUUGCUCUGGGGCUGGAUGAGAGACUGCUUUUCAAUCACUCUUCAUUGUUUGGACCAGAUAAUCCACCACAGUUGAAGCCAUAACUCUUCCUUGUUUGUGCUGCCUGUCCCACCUGUGGUGUGAAGGGAAACCUGCUUUAUCAACAAGAGUAAUGUCUUAAACUGGGUCCAUCCAGAUAAAAAGCUCUAAUACUCUUGAAUAGAAUACACCGAUUUAAAUCCUAAACUUCCUUCAGCAACCUCAGCCUCGUCCUGCACUUAGGCAAAACCAAAAUAACUGUACAGCAAAAAUUCAGGCUACUGAAGGAUGACAAACGUUGGAGGAAAAGUGAGAAAUUAUUUUCAGAGGUGGGGAAACUGAAGGCAGACACCUCCUGAUGUGAGACUGGGCAAAUUGGGAAACAUGGAGGCUGGAACAGUCUCCAGAGUGUUUGGUUCUUUCUGCUGCUCAUUUGUAGUUCAGGGUGAGCACCUGAAGAAUGCAGCCUUGUCACAGGAGAACACGUCCUGGAGCACCACACAGAUAUAAAAGAGGGAAACAACAACACAUCUUUAAUUAAUGAGAGAUUCUGUCCCUUUGGGUCCAUCUCUCGUGUCUCAGAUGAUGCAUCAAACUUAGUCUGUCCUGCCCUGCCAUGCAGCCAGCCAGGCCUCUGGCAAGAGAUUAUCCCCUGGAUGUCAAACAGCAACUCAGGCCCCAGAAAUCACAUCAGCCCAAGGAUAAACAGCAUAUCAGCAAAACCAUUAACUGCAGCAGUAACAAACACAUUCACUCCCCGUCCUUUGCUCCCCCUUCCUGAGCCAUUAGACCCCAUUUUCAAACACUUCUGGAAAUAGGUUGAAUGGAAAUAGACCCUGGGAUUCCCUCCUGGCCAGGGCUGUGAGAGGUAUCACAGGAGCCCUGAUGAAAUGGCAAGCACUGAAAUACAAGAACAGAUUUCUGUUCUUUUGUGAAGAAAUUGAUUCUUGCCAGAAACAACAUGCUACAACCCAGCGUCUAUUCUUGUUAGACUUCAAGUCUUUCCAGGAGGAGUCCUUCAGCAAAUUGGCUCAUUUAGACACAACAGCCAGGAGCAUGGAGAGGAAAAAAAGGGUUUUGUUCAAGGAAAGCCUCUGUAUUGUAAACAGGAUAAAAGGGGAUGGAGAGAGUCACUUAUCACUGUCUCUCAUGUCCCCAGGUCAUUCCUGUGUAGCAUCUACUGGAGAAAAUAUUCCCUGCUCUUCCAGAAAUCCAACUGGGGGAUUUUCUCUAUCACACCAUCUGCAGACCCUGUGUGCAUUCAGCAGCAGAUUUCAAACCCCAUUGCUGCUCCCCAUUGCUCUCCUCUGCCUUGAGAAGCCUGGCAGUACCCAAAGGAGAGCUGGAUUCUCACAGGGUGUCCUUUGCCUGAACCAGCCUGUGUCCCCCUCACAGCCGUGGGACUUGGGGUUCAUUCCAAAAACACCGAUGCUCUGUUUAAUAUCAGACCCCAAUGAUGCAUAUCUCCCCGUUUCUCUGAGCGUGAUCCCACCAGGCACAGAAACUCUGCCCCCCUUCCUCUUUCUCUUCCCCCUCCCUCUUGUUUUGGGGCACUCUUUGCAUGCUUUGCUGAUACAAAUAACUGUGGCUUUCAAAACAAAGGAGUGCCGAACCCCAGGGCAUUAUUCCCGGGAGAGACUUUUGGAUGAGUGUUUGAUGGAGACUCCUGAGAGUCCAGCUGCAGGCCAUGGGCUGCAUGUCCCAGCUGUGACAGGCUCCCAGACACAAGGCAGACCGCACAGCACGCCUCUCAGCACUUCCAGCUUGGGGAAGGGGGCAAAACGAGAAGGGGAGACAUGACAAGAAUGUUGGAGACCCAUCUAUCAAAUUUCUCGUGCUCUUGGGUGACGUGCUGGACCCAGGUCUCCCUGGGCAAGGAGCUUUUUAAAGACACAUCGCACCUUCCUGCUCAUCUUCCCAAAUUAAGAACAUUUCAUCACAACUGUCACAGUUUUGGGACUGAUCUGUAGCCAUGAGAGUCACAAAAGCACAGACUAUCAUUCCAUUCUGCAUAAAUAUCCCAGGGAAGGGGAUAUAGAAAGGAUGGGGAAGGCUAGGCCAAUGGAAGAAGGAGUCAAGGAACAUCUCUGUGAUUUCACUCCCUCCCUCCCUUCUGUAAUGAUGCCAGGGAAAUAGGGCAGGAAUAGGAAUAAAAACAAAAUAUACUCAGUGGUGAGGAAUACUGCAGCAUCCCCUAACGUGAAGGAUCUUUGAGACACAAAUGGCUGGAGGUUUGGAGAAUAUUCUGGGCAAGUGUGUUUUCCUCAUGCUUUCAUCCUUCCCUGGUGGCAGCCACAUGGGAUUGCUGGAGGUGAAAUACUGAUCUUGGUGGGUUUUUGGUGCAGGCAGCACAUGCCUCUGUUAGUAGCCCCACACCUCCACUGCACUAUAAAUGUUAUAUUAUCAUAAUAACAUUAAACACGACUCAGUUCUCCAUGUAGGACUGAGUUCCUCGUGCCUUUUCCCUGCUGAUCCUGCCUGUUUGACCUUAUCAAUGAAAUUCAGGAAACAGGAGCAAAAAGCCUCCUCCAACAGAGCCAAGGAGGCAGAAGGGGCAAGAAAUUACAUUGCCUUCCCCAGACAGUGCACAAAUGAAAUUCCAAUAAUCCUGCUACUACUCCUUCCUUUUGCCCAGCAUCAGGAUCCUGUUAGGAGCCUCAGCUGCCUUCAGCUGAAAUGGCAUCCCCUCUCAAUUCCAAAUUCCACAGAAAUCUUUGAGUUUUGGCCUAAAAAGCUCUGCCUUUGAAAAUCUUUUGAAUUUAUUUACUGGCAACCCUGUUUGAUACAUAAAUGUAUUACAGCAGAAUCUGUCUGGGCACUAUUAACCCUGCACUAGAUGCAUAAUGUAGCAUUUAUAAAGGAAAAUCUUAAAAUCUCUGAGCAAUACCAUGUGCUAUUAUCCUGAUUUUUCCAGGGGUCAGUUCCCUGACAG